AUGGACGAUAUAUCAGAUUCAGCGUUUCAAAAUACUAAGACUUUGAAAACUGCGGUCGAAGAACUCCCGUCUCUUUUAACUGUGAUCGUAGAUACAACACCGAAACUAUGGGCCGAACUAGACAAAGAAAGCGGACAGGAUAGAAACCUUAUACAUGCACUGCAGUCGCUGAUUGUAUUUCUGAAUGCACAUCUGACAUUUAACAGUGCUAAUCAAGUGUGUGUUAUCGCUGCACAUUCCAAUGGCAUCAAAUACCUCUAUCCAACCACGACCGUCUCGGCAGAUGGAGACGCAUCGCUGAAGCAAGCCGGUGAUUUGAAAAUUAUCAACAGUGGUAUGUAUCGUCAGUUCCGUAACGUGGACGAAACCGUUCUGGAGGAGCUGUAUAAACUAAUGCUGGAAGAGAAGGAUCGUCAAAAUUCCUCCAGACCGCAGAAGAGCACUCUUUCUGGAGCCAUGUCCGCUGGAUUUACGUAUAUCAACCGCACAAUCAAGGAACAGGAAAACACUUCUCUAAAAGCGAGGCUUGUUGUUCUGACCUGCGGCUCCAGCGGUGGUAAGGACGAGGUCUUUCAAUACAUACCAAUCAUGAAUUGCAUUUUCACCGCCACGAAGAUCAAAUGUCCGAUCGAUGUGGUCAAAAUUGGGGGCUCUCAGGAGUCCACAUUUCUGCAACAGGCUACCGAUGCCACAAACGGUGUAUAUUUGCAUGUGCCGUCUACAGAAGGUCUGAUACAAUACCUUUCUACUGCGAUGUUCAUCGAUCCUUCCUUAAGGCCUAUCAUUGUGAAACCCAACCAGGGCUCUGUCGAUUUCAGAACUUCGUGCUAUUUAACGGGUAAGGUGGUUGCUGUUGGGUUUGUUUGUAGUGUGUGCUUGUGCGUGCUGUCCAUUAUUCCUCCAGGCAACAAGUGUCCUGCAUGCGACUCGGAAUUUGACGAAUAUGUCACCGCCAGGCUCAAACGCAAGCCGGUUGUACCUGGUACGGUAGCGAAGAAGAAAAAGUAA